UGGGCAUCCUGGAGCUGGUGCCUAGCAACGACGGAGGCAGGGAACCAGGGAGUUAACUCAGGCUAGAGGUCAACCUGGAAACUUGGCCAUGUCAGAUAAAAGCGAGACUGAGUAUAGCCUGCCUGCCUCUGCCAGUCAAAUGCAGGAAUCAAAGGAGCCUGACAAUGCCAAGGUGAAGAAAAUUGUAAAGCUGAAGGUCCCUGAACCCCGGGAGAAGAUCUUGCGGCGCAUCUUUGGGUCCAGCCAGGUGUUCUAUAGGAUUGAUGAUAUUCAGAAACCAAAGAUAUCGGGGACAUCAGUGCCUGUCAAAGUCAAAGAGUACUUUCAUGAAGGCCAUAAGUGCCUAGAACAAGAGGACUGGGAGACGGCUGUGCUGUUCUUCUCCCGUGCCCUCCACCUGAACCCCAGCCUGGUAGACUUCUACAUUUUCCGUGCUGAGGCCUUCAUCCAGCUCUGCGACUUCUCCUCUGCCCUCCAGAACCUGCGCAGGGCCUACACCUACGAGCCAGACAAUACCAAAUACCUGCGGCGGCUGUCCUUCAUGCUCUACCUCCAGGGACAGUGCCUGUUUGAGCUGUGUGAGUUCCAGGAAGCCCUGUAUGUCUUCCUGCAAGCCUCUGACCUCCAGCCCCAGAACCCUUCUUUCAGCUACCGAUGCAUAGCCUGCCUACUGGCCCUCAAGCGGCCUCAGGAAUGCCUCUCCCUCAUCACUAGGGAGGUGAAGCAGGGCAGGGCCACUGCUGAUGUCUACAUUCUCCGGGCCCAGCUCUACAACUACUUCCAGAAGGCCAAGCUCUGCUAUCAGGACCUUCAAAGCGCCUUGAACUUGGAUCCCAAGCACCCACAGGCCAAAGGGCUGCUCCAGAUGAUGGUGGACCAGGCCAAGAAGUCUCUCCAAGAUGCCAGCAUCCUGGCUGUGCAGGGCAAGCUGCACCGCGCACUGAAACGUAUCAGCUGUGCCAUUGAGAACAACCCCCUGGACCCCAACCUCUACCUCUUCCGGGGUACCUUGCACAGACGGCUCCAGCAAUUCAACCCAGCUGUGGAAGAUUUCCUGAAGGCGCUGGACAUGGUGACUGACAACCAAAGCAACCUGGCACGGCAGGCUCAGCGCCAGCUGCUGCUGACAUACAACGACUUUGCUGUGUACUGCUACACCCAGGGUGCCUAUCAGGAGGGUGUGCUGCUGCUGAACAAGGCAAUCAGAGACGAGCAGAACGAGAAGGGCCUGUACAUCAACCGAGGCGAUUGCUUCUUCCAGCUGGGCAACCUGGUCUUCGCGGAGGCAGACUACAGCCAAGCGCUGGCUCUGAGCCCACAGGACGAGGGAGCCAACUUUCGAAUGGGUGCGCUGCAGGAGAAGAUGGGUCUCUGCCUGCAGAAGCGCAGGCAGUUCCAGACAGCAGAGCACCACUUCUCAUUAGCCAUAAAGCACGACCCUAAGAAGGCCCAGUACUACCUGCACCGCGCCAAGAUCCGACAGGUCCUGCAGAAUCUUAUGGGGGCUCGCCAGGAUGUUGCCACUGUCCUGCUCCUGAACCCCAACUUUCCAAAGAUAGCCCCGGUGAUGAACAGCCUGUUUCCUGGCAUGACUGUGGAAAAUGUGCUUAACAGCCAAAUGGCCCAACUAGCCAAGCUGGAGCUAAGUCGGAUGAUAGAAAGUGGUCAAAAGGCCAGCCACCCUCAAAACGUUGUGGUGCAAAGGCUAAUGGACCGAAAGAAAGCCCGGGCCCUGCUGGAGUCCUGGAAUCAGGGAGUGAUUUUCACCGAGAUCCCGGAAGAGGACAUGGAGACCCUCCAGACUCUGAAGGAAAAGGAAGAGGUAGCAAAGGAGAAAAAGGCGAAGGCUGCUCAGAAGUUGACAUCCCUAACAGACAGCUACCUGGACCAGAGCUCCUCAAGCUCAGUCUUCAGCAGUAAGUCCUUGAUCGCAUCAGGGUUGGAGCUGUCAACCAGUCAGGAAUAUAGAAGCAGCACUUCCACCACAGCUGUGAUGCCCUCUGAGCGCGUGCUGCCAAAGCCUCAGACAGACCCCAGAAAGAUCAGAAAGAUCCUAGGCCUGAGUAGAGGCUCUAGGGUCAGCCAAGUCUCAGAACACCAAAAGCAGUACAUGCUUGAGACCACACCUACCUAUGGCGUAAGGCACAACUCCAACAAGCCAGAGGCCAACCAAGGCCCAAAGCCAAAGCCCAGGAAGACAGAGGCUGCCCAGGAGCCCACCCAGACCUCCAGCGCGACAGACGUCACCGAGGGCUCAAAGCCUGGCAAGACCAGGGCUACCCUGAGCCCAAAAGAAAGACUCAGAAGAGCCAGGGCUGUUCGUGCCCAGAGCUGGAAGCUCAAGGCCCAGAGCAAUUGGGCUUCCAGCCAGAGCCAAGCCAAGAAGUCCCAGGACAAGCCUCCAGGGUCCAUCCCAGGUGAGGAGAACUCCAGCCACAGUGAGAGCCCAGAAACAAAUUUCAGCAAAGCUGAUAGCAUCUUGGAUCUGAGCUUACAGAGUCGCCCAAUCCUAACCUUUAUGCUCCCCGAUAAAUGA